AUGGCUCAACGUACCACAAACGGGCUGAAAAAGAGGAAGAAAGGCGAAGAAGCUAUCUCUUUCCCUGAACGAAAUUCGGAAUUCGUAGAUGAUGUUGGUCUCGAAAUGCAAAGCGAAGACGAGAACGGAGCAGACGAGGUGGAGAACUCAGAUGACGAGGGAGCGGAGGAAUUCCCAGAGCUGGAUACGAGAAGUGACACGGAAGAUGAGGAGGGUGAAGAGAGCCAAGAUGAAGAUGAAGAUGGAAAUGAAACAGAACCCAGCGAGGAUGGUACCGUCGAAGAGGAUUCAGACGAUAGUCUCUACGUAUUCCCGCGUGCAAAGACCAUAACGUCGGACAUCACUGGACAACCAAAGAAGGUGUACCCAGAAAUUGAACCCGACUAUGAUUCAGACUCUUCCACAGAAGAGGAUCCCAAUCGUAUUGGGAACGUGCCCUUGCAUUGGUACGAUGACCUCCCCCACAUAGGUUACGACAUUAACGGGAAGAAGGUCUUCCGACCAGCAAAAGGAGAUGAGCUUGACAAAUUCCUUAAAACCGUAGAAGACCCGUCAACUUGGACAUCUGGAUUCGAUAAGUUGACUCAGUCUGACAAACAGUUGUCCACAGAAGAGCUUGAUAUCAUUCGUCGGCUACAUGCAAAUGAAAAUCCUGAUGCUGGGUACGAUCCAUACGAGCCAACUGUUGAAUGGUUCACUGGCAAGGGCAAAGAAGAAAUCAUGCCGCUCUCUGCUGCACCAGAACCAAAACGUCGUUGGGUUCCAAGUAAAUGGGAAAAGAAAAAGGUAAUGAAAAUCGUCCGUGCCAUUCGACAAGGCCGUAUUGUCCCAAACAAACCCAAAACCGCCUCUACUACUCGUCAAUUCUUCAACAUCUGGUCCGAGUCUUCCGCAGACCACCCUCCUCCACUCCCUGCACCCAAACCACGUUUACCGACUAAUGCCGAGUCGUACAACCCCCCAGAAGAAUACCUUCCGACUGAGGAAGAACAAAAAGCUUGGGAGGCGACGGACAAGGAAGACCGUGAACGCGAUUUCCUACCGCAGAAGUACAAAUCACUGCGCCUUGUACCUGCAUAUAGCCAGUUCAUUCAGGAACGUUUCUCGCGACAACUAGAUCUGUACCUUGCACCGCGGAUACAACGCAAGAAGCUGAACAUUAACCCGGACGAUCUCAUUCCGAAACUACCAAGUCCGAGCAGCUUAAAACCGUUCCCAAAUUACCGUGCGUUACGAUUUAGGCACGACGGUAAUGCGGCCGCGCGAUGUGUGAGCAUCAGUCCGGACGGUGCAUGGGUGGUGAGCGGAGAUGAGCGGGGUGUAGUCAGCUUGUGGGAGACACUUGUUGGCCGGGAGGUGAAGAGAUGGAAAUUCGACAGCCAAAUUGGUGCGAUACAAUGGUGUCCUCGGACCGAUGUCAGAUAUUUCGCUGUCGGCGUCGAGGAUCACCUCCACUUCCUUAUCCCGCCGAACCUCUCCCCAGACCUCCUUUCCGCUACCAUCAACGUCCUUUCUCCUGCAACACUCCCUCCUACACCGGCAGCUCCCUCACCUAUCAAAUGGACGUCCAUCUCCGCCAGCACUUUCGACACUUCCUCGAAGUCCCCAAUCCUCACAAUCAGUCUAGUCCAGAAUACUGGCCUGCCACGGCAGAUCGUCUGGCACAAACGAGGAGACUACGUUGCAUCCGUCUCUGGAAAAGAUCAAGGCUCUGUUUGGAUACACCAAAUCACCCGUCGACACUCACAAGCACCAUUCAAGAAAGUUAAAGGCUCUGUCCAACUGGUUCUCUUCCACCCUUCGAAACCGCAUUUCUUCGUUGCAACCCAACGAUACGUCCGAAUAUACGAUCUCGCAGCUCAAAAACUCAUCAAAGCCCUCACUCCCGGACUAAAAUGGAUUUCAUCCAUGGACAUCCACCCAUCAGGUGAUCACCUAAUCGUCGGCGGGUACGACCGUAAACUAUGCUGGUUCGACCUCGAACUGAGUAACAAACCGUACAAAAUCCUCCGAUACCACACCCGCGCAAUCCGCUCCCUCUCCUUCCACCCCACCUACCCACUCUUCGCCUCCAGCUCCGACGACGGAACGAUCCAAGUCUUCCACGCCCGGGUCUAUAGCGACUUGAUGACCGACCCGCUAAUUGUCCCACUCAAAAUCCUCCGUGGGCACGACGUGACGAAUGGCUUGGGUGUGCUUCAAAUAGGCUGGUGUCCUGGACAGCCAUGGCUCGUUAGUGCUGGAGCGGAUGGGUCGGUUGGUGUUUGGUGUGCUUAG